AUGCAAUCUAUGAAUGUACAACCGAGGGUAUUAGCUGUAGGAGGUGAGCAGUUUUUCUCUCAGAGGCAGGCUUCUGAACAACACCAGCAGCAAAACAUGGGACCUCAGGUGUAUUCGCCAAAGGUUAAUAGAGCAAGAAUGUUUCCUCAAGGGAUGCCUGUAAAUACAAUUAAUGGCUCUGUUAAUCAGGAGAUGAACAAUGCCUAUCUUUUGAAGCAGAAGAACGAGCCACUGUUAACUCAGCAACAACAGCAACAGCAACAACAACAGCAGCCAUUUAAUAUAGGAACGCCUGUUUCGGUGGCUAGUUUGCCGCCCGGACUGAACGUUCUGCAGCAACAACAACAGCAGCAACAACAACAGCAGCAACAGCAGCAGGGAGUGGGACUCAAUCGUCCCUUGGCUUCCCAGCUACCCAAGCAUUUAACCAACCAAAGUAUGCCACCGAUCUUUUUACCACCCCCAAAUUAUCUUUUCGUUCGCGAUGUCUGGAAGUCCAACCUUUACAGUGAAUUCGCCGUUAUAAGACAACUGGUCUCGCAGUAUAAUCAUGUGUCAAUCAGUACUGAGUUUGUGGGGACUUUGGCUAGGCCGAUCGGCACUUUCAGGUCGAAGGUCGAUUACCACUAUCAGACAAUGAGGGCCAACGUAGACUUCUUAAACCCAAUACAACUUGGUCUUUCCUUGAGUGACGCCAACGGCAAUAAGCCUGACAACGGUCCCUCAACGUGGCAGUUCAAUUUUGAAUUUGACCCAAAGAAGGAAAUCAUGUCCACAGAAUCGUUAGAAUUACUCAGAAAAUCAGGUAUCAACUUCGAAAAACACGAAAAUUUAGGCAUCGAUGUAUUUGAAUUUUCGCAGCUUCUAAUGGACUCUGGUUUAAUGAUGGAUGAUUCUGUUACUUGGAUCACAUACCAUGCGGCAUAUGAUCUAGGUUUCCUGAUCAACAUUCUAAUGAAUGACUCCAUGCCCAACAACAAGGAGGAUUUCGAGUGGUGGGUCCAUCAAUACAUGCCCAAUUUCUACGACUUAAACCUGGUGUAUAAAAUAAUCCAGGAGUUCAAGAACCCUCAAUUGCAACAAUCUUCACAACAGCAACAGCAGCAGCAAUAUUCACUAACCACACUUGCCGAUGAGUUAGGGCUACCAAGAUUCUCUAUAUUUACUACUACAGGCGGCCAGAGUCUAUUGAUGCUUCUAUCCUUCUGCCAAUUGAGCAAGCUGUCUAUGCAUAAGUUCCCAAACGGUACGGAUUUCGCCAAGUACCAAGGUGUCAUAUACGGUAUUGAUGGGGACCAAUGA